AUGAAUCCGGUUGAAAACAAGUCGCUUUCCGCGGAGACCGAACAAAUGAACAGAGUUUUUGCGGAACUAAGGGCCGCCAAGUUCAAUUUUCCCCGAGGAUGGAACGUGGACCGGAACAUCGCGGUUACAGAGCAGCCAAGCCGCAGAUAUGACUCCGAGCCGCAUGUCUCGGCACAGCCGAGUCGGACUAAUGUCAAAGACGCAGUAGACAUCGCGGUUACAGAGCAGCCAAGCCGCAGACAUGACUCCGAGCCGCAUGUCUCGGCACAGCCGAGUCGGACUAAUGUCCAAGACGCAGUAGACAUCGCGGCCGGGGCGGAUCGUCCAACACACAGUCUCUACAGGUCAGACGCCGAGAUAAUGGGACUAGAUUUGUUCGGUGAGCCGGCCGCCGCACCGGUUUACAGACAGAUCCGGCUGCCGAAUUAUGCGGGCCCGGCCUUCCGGUCAGCCAUGGCGAUCGUGGACGCGGCGUUUAACCGGCCGCUCCUACUGUCAGUGGACAACGUCGUUGUCAAUCCAUCUGCGGUCCUAAAUACGCCCCCUUCAACGCCGAAAGUCCUACGGCGGCUAGCGGACUGCCAAGUCCUGGCCGGACGCGACGGUGACGUGGCCAGGAGGCGGUGGUCUUCCGCCAGGAACAUUACAUUGCCAUUGGAACUGGAGACUGAAAACGGAACGCGGCGGGCUGACCACUCGCCGGAAGCCAAGGGUAAUCGCCUUACGCUCUGGAGCAGGACAAAGCGGUUUAUCCACCGCAUGUUUUGUUGUGGCGUCUGA